UGCUCAGUUUAGUGUGUAUGGCUAGAGAGUUUUUUUUUUCCAUUGGGAAGGUGCACGUGAUCAGGACAGGGCCAAUCAGCACUGUCCAGACAGAGGGUCAGGGGUUUUGCAUCCUGUUAGAGCAGAAUGAAAACGCCUCCUAGAAGCUUUAACGUGCUUGGCAGGACACUGAUAAAAGUCACAAGACUGCUCUAACUGCUGAUGAGUAAAGGGAUUUAGCAGUUAAUAUUUACUAAAGUAAUUGCACUUCCAUGUUCUGUGUACUGAGGGAGACCAGAUGUACUGGAUGCAGGGUCCUGG